AUGGCCCCGUGGAGCCGAGAGGCGGUGCUGAGUCUCUAUCGGGCUCUGCUGCGCCAGGGCCGAGAGCUUCGAUACACUGAUCGAGACUUCUACUUUGCCUCCAUCCGCCGUGAGUUCCGGAAAAAUCAGAAGCUGGAGGAUCCUGAGGCCCGGGAGAAGCAGCUGGAGAAGGGCCUUGUCUUCCUCCACAGCAAACUAGGGGGACUUAUUUAGGAUCCUCUCCUGUCCCCUCCCACCCUAAUUUCAAGGGAAAGAGAACAAAGGUGCCUUCCGCAGACAUUCCUGCUCUCUUCCAGCCCCUCCUCACAGAUGCACUAAGACUCCGCAGGUUACCAUGAGAAUUGAAUGAGUGC